AUGCAUGGAGUCAAAAGAAAACAAUACUCGAGGGAAAUUCUAAAGCAAAAGCAUUUACAAGAUCAGUUGAAGAUAAAAACUUACAAAGAAUUAGUGGAUAAAACACUAGAUACUCGUGAUAAUAAAAUAUUUACUUCCGAAUCAUUAGGAUUGACCAGCAAGGUCCUUGAGUUAAACCCCGAAUUUAACACGGUAUGGAAUUAUAGACGUGACAUUAUUUUACAUCUACGAGAUACCGCUCCUACUGAGUUUUGGGAGAAUGAAUUGCAGUUCACGAUGGAGAAAUUGAGAAGAUUUCCAAAAGUUUACUGGAUUUGGAAUCAUAGAAUUUGGGUAUUAAAUAAUUUUCCUCAUGCAACUACUAAAAUAUGGAUGGUUGAGUUAGCUAUAGUAGAUAAAUUAUUGUCAAUGGAUGCCAGGAACUAUCAUGGUUGGCAUUAUAGAAGAUUAAUUAUUAAAAAAUUAGAGACUUUAACAGAUAAAUCGAUGAAUACAGAGGAAUUAGCAUAUGUCACCACAAUCAUAAAUAAAAAUAUCUCCAAUUAUUCAGCAUGGCAUCAAAGGGUUCAAUUGAUAACUAACUUGUUUGAAGAACACGAACUGAAAAAAGAAGAAAUGAAAAAAAUGGUACUGGAAGAAAUAUUAUACAUAACAAAUGCAAUAUAUACAGACGCCGAUGACCAAUCCGUUUGGUUUUAUACCAAAUGGUUCCUUGAAAAUGAGAUUGUUCGUUUGAUUUUGACUGGUGAUGAAUAUAUAAAAAUGUUGGAAGAUAUGAACAAUAAUAUUGUUCUAAUUAACAAUGAUGACCUAGAAUUUUCAGGUACAGAAAACAGUUGGUGCCUAAAGAUUUUGAUAGUGAUAGAAGAUGCUCUAAAAUCAACUGGUCAUGCUGUAGAAGAAGAACACACAAAGGAGUAUUUAAAGAAAUUAAUUGAAUUGGACCCUCAAAGGACAAAAAGAUACUUACAUUUAUUAUCCAAAUAA